AUGAGGGAAAACUCGGUUCCAAGCAGGCGUGGUAGAGCAACCGGGCAACCCUCAAUUUUCCGGUCCGAUUUCCUGCAGAUCAACGCCUUCAAAAAGCAGAUGAAGCUCAUCGAGGCCAGCGGCUGCAGAACUCCCGUCCUUUCCCAGGUCUCCUGUCCUGUAACAGUCCAGGUGCUGAAGAGGCAGCGGGCUCACAUGGAGGCGGCGCGCGUCCUGUCCUUCACCGAGGACCUGCUGGGAAAGCAUGCUGUCCCAGUGGCAUGCGGCAACUUACUCCGUCCAGCACCCCACAUCACUUUGCGUUGGACUUCGAAGAAGGAUGAGUUCAUUCGCAUCCUCGAACUGGGGGAGAAGCUGGGGGAAUGA